AGCAAACUAUAUGGAAAUGGGUUUGAAGAAAUACAAAGUCAUGCCUUCAACGGGACAACGCUGAUUUCCCUGGAGCUCAAGGAUAAUGCACACCUGGAGAAGAUGCACAAUGGAGUCUUCCGGGGGGCCACGGGACCUAGCAUCUUGGAUAUUUCUUCCACCAAAUUGCAAGCCUUGCCUAGCUACGGGCUGGAGUCCAUCCAGACACUCAUUGCCACAUCAUCCUAUUCUCUAAAAAAACUGCCAUCGAGGGAAAAAUUUACCAACCUCCUGGAUGCCACACUGACUUACCCUAGCCACUGCUGUGCUUUUAGAAACUUGCCAACAAAAGAGCAGAAUUUUUCAUUUUCCAUUUUUGAAAACUUUUCCAAACAAUGUGAAAGCACAGCAAGGAGACCAAAUAAUGAAACGCUUUAUUCUGCCAUCUUUGCUGAGAGUGAACUGAGUGACUGGGAUUAUGACUAUGGUUUCUGCUCACCCAAGACACUCCGAUGUGCUCCUGAACCAGAUGCUUUUAAUCCCUGUGAAGAUAUUAUGGGCUAUGACUUCCUUAGAGUCCUGAUUUGGCUGAUUAAUAUCCUAGCCAUCAUGGGAAAUGUGACUGUUCUUUUUGUUCUCCUGACUAGUCGUUAUAAACUGACAGUGCCCCGUUUUCUCAUGUGCAAUCUCUCCUUUGCAGACUUUUGCAUGGGGCUCUACCUGCUGCUCAUUGCCUCAGUUGAUUCCCAAACCAAAGGCCAGUAUUAUAACCAUGCCAUAGACUGGCAGACAGGGAGGGGAUGUAGUGCAGCUGGCUUUUUCACUGUAUUUUCAAGUGAGCUUUCUGUCUACACCCUCACGGUUAUCACACUAGAAAGAUGGCACACCAUCACCUAUGCUCUUCAGCUGGAUCAAAAGCUACGUUUAAGACACGCCAUUCCGAUCAUGCUUGGAGGAUGGUUCUUUUCUACUCUAAUUGCCACUUUGCCCCUUGUGGGUGUCAGCAAUUACAUGAAGGUCAGCAUUUGCCUCCCCAUGGAUGUGGAAACCACUCUCUCACAAGUCUACAUAUUAACCAUCCUGAUACUCAAUGUGGUGGCCUUCAUCAUCAUUUGUGCUUGCUACAUUAAAAUUUAUUUUGCAGUUCAAAAUCCAGAGCUAAUGACUACCAACAAAGAUACAAAGAUUGCCAAGAAAAUGGCGGUCCUCAUCUUCACUGAUUUCACUUGCAUGGCACCAAUCUCUUUUUUUGCCAUCUCAGCUGCCUUCAAAGUGCCCCUUAUCACAGUAACCAACUCUAAAGUUUUACUGGUUCUUUUUUAUCCUGUCAAUUCUUGUGCCAAUCCAUUUCUGUAUGCAAUUUUCACAAAGGCAUUCCAAAGAGAUUUCUUUCUGUUGCUGAGCAAAUUUGGCUGCUGUAAACGUCGGGCUGAACUGUAUAGAAGGAAGGAUUUUGUGGCUUAUACCUCCAACUGCAAAUAUGGCUUUACUGGAUCAAAUAAGCCUUCUCAGUCCACCCUGAAGUUGUCUCCUUUGCAGUGUCAAUAUACGAUGUCCCAGACAAGACUUGCUAAUAAAGAGUGUUAACUGUUUUA